AUGAGCACUAAGCGGUUUCAUGGAUUAAUUUUGAGUGUACUCCUUUUACAGGCUGCGGCUGCUAUGGAGAUGCCCGAUGGCGAAGAAUAUACGAGACCAAACAUUGUCGAUGCCGGACCAAAGACGCUCCAUUGGAUAACUUCUCUAUUACUGCUUCUCGUCGUUCCCUCUUUUGCUACAGCUUUAGCUUUUGCUGGCAAGAUAUACUCGUCAGUGUUUCUACAGGUCCUUUCAGGCGUCUAUGCACUUUUGGAAGCAUUGGUAUUGAGAUUUAAUGAUGGGGAUGGAAUUGAGAACAGAACUUCCAGAGGAUCUGCAUGGAGUUUAUUGAUACUUACGUGGGUCUCCGUCGUAGUUGGCGGGCUAGCCACCGGAAGCGGGCUUUUGGCCAGAAACCAGAAGAUGCAAAAGAUAAUAUCACACACCGGUGAAGCUAAAUUGUCACUUCUUCACCGAGCUUUAUCACUUGCAACCGUUAUCAAUGGCUGGGUGAAGCUUUGCUUGGCCCCAGUCGCCAUGUUCGGCUUUUGCAGAGAGAAACACACCGGUCAGUGCAUUGCUCAUGGCAUAAUGGGAUCCGCGUUUGUCCUAUAUGGCUUUAUUUACACGACAGUUCUUGUUGUGCCUUGGCUCAGAAAUUCUCAAGCGCCUUACUCGCAGGAUCACAUCGACAGCUGGGUUAUGUGCAUAUGGGGUAUUGUCAAUACUUUUACUGAGCAUAGAUGGGGCCGCGAGGACUGGAGUAUGAGCGACUAUCAGCAUACGAUAAUGGGCGUGAUCUGGUGGUGUGGAGGAAUACUUGGUAUCUUUUUGAGCAGGAAGGGCAGAAGAACGUUUGUUCCUAGCUUAAUCAUCAUCUUCACGGGAUGGGCGAUGUCGGAACACUCACAGCACCUUUUCAUCAGUACAAAGGUCCACUAUGUUUUCGGAUUAGUACUGAUGACCGGUGGUGUUCUGAGAAUCGUUGAGAUUUCAUUCCUCUUGAAAGAUGAAAGGGCAGCUGAUAAAAUAUACUCCCUCCAGUACCUUGCGCCAUUCUGUUUAGUUUGCGCAGGGAUUAUAUUCAUGGGCGCCAAUGAAGAACAACUCAUUCUGGUUCUAAGACUUGGAGCAGAUCAUAGUGCCUAUAUUCUCCUUCUUGGAUCGGCCGCCUUCAUGGUUUAUUUCUGGAUGCUCGCUUGCCUGGAGUUUUAUCUGCACUUGAUAGAAAGAAGCCAAAAUGGAUUCCUGACCAAGUACUCCAACUUGGAGAAUGCUGAAAGCAGUCAGGACUACGAGCUGGAGGUUGUUUCUCAGGAGCAACUCUAA